UUUUUUCCCUACGAAAAAAAAAGUUAAUCUCAAAAUCUCCGUCUAGUUUUCCGGCGAUUUUCCGUUUAAACCUCUCGGCAAUAGCAGCAGAUUUUACAUCUCAUCAGAAUUCUCGCCGCUCCAUUUGACCUUUUCUGUUUUCUCACGACAGCAUCAUGAAUCCUGAAUACGAUUAUUUAUUCAAGCUUUUGCUGAUUGGAGAUUCAGGUGUGGGAAAAUCUUGUCUUCUUCUUAGGUUUGCUGAUGAUUCCUAUCUGGAGAGCUACAUAAGCACCAUUGGAGUUGACUUUAAAAUACGUACUGUGGAGCAGGAUGGAAAAACUAUUAAACUUCAAAUCUGGGACACUGCUGGGCAAGAACGAUUUAGGACUAUUACGAGCAGCUACUAUCGAGGAGCCCAUGGCAUUAUUGUUGUUUAUGAUGUCACGGACCAAGAGAGCUUUAACAAUGUCAAACAAUGGCUGAAUGAAAUUGACCGCUAUGCAAGUGAAAAUGUGAACAAGCUUUUAGUUGGCAACAAGAAUGAUCUCACAGCAAACAAAGUUGUCUCUUAUGAAACUGCAAAGGCAUUCGCUGAUGAAAUUGGGAUCCCUUUCAUGGAAACAAGUGCUAAAAAUGCCACAAAUGUCGAGCAGGCUUUCAUGGCUAUGGCUGCUGAAAUCAAGAAUAGGAUGGCAAGUCAACCAGCAAUGAACAAUGCAAGGCCUCCGACUGUGCAGAUUCGAGGACAGCCUGUCAAUCAGAAGUCUGGUUGCUGUUCCUCGUAAGAAGGAAAUUGAAUUUUUAGUUGGUUUGGGAUGUUAACUAUGUUCUAUGUGGCAUGUAAAACUAGCUCUUUUUUAAUGGUUAGAUAAGAAAAUUAUUUGUUAUGAUUUGCUCCUCCUUUUUCUGUUUUUCAGCACUGUUAAAAACUCCCAUUCUUUUAAAUGUAAUUUGAUUUUAAGAUACACUUUGUACAAAUUAGGAAUAUUGGUGAACGCCAGUACUUACCUCA